CUGAGCCUGAGCAUGGCGUCGCCGGCGGCCGUGCUCGUCAGCAAUGGCGGUAUCUCCCCACACGCUCCACCUUCCGCCGCCGCCUUCCUCGUCUCCACUCCGGGCGCCUACACCACCGCCCCCGGAACCCUCCUCUGGUGGACACGUCACCUCCGCCGCCUCGCCGAAUCCGCCACGCUCCUCGCCCGUUCCCGCCCCAACCUGCUCGGCCUCCCCCUCCCCCGAUCGCGCGCCCUCGACCUCGAUUUACUAUCCAUCCAUUCUCUCGUGAACCCCUCCGUGCGGGUCGCCAUCCGCGAGAUGCGCACAAGGCUGCCCAUGACCAAGGACGAGGAUUUGGCGCUCACGGCCCUGGUCAGGGGAGCCGAUCCCAUUUCUGGCGGUGGCGGGGCUGGCCUCGACGUCUUCGUCCACGUGGGGACGUAUUCCCCGCCGAUCUUUGGAGAAUCGGGGGCCAGGCUUGCCGCGGCCGGCAGGGGAAGGGACGCCGCUGCCGCCAAGUACGCGUCCUGGGCCAGGAUCCGGAAGAGUUUGGAAAAGAUGAGGCCUCCUGGGGUCACUGAGCUCUUGCUGACUAAUGACGGGGAUCACAUUCUUGAAGGCGCUGUUACAAACUUCUUUGUUGUCUGCCAACAGGAGGAAUGCGAGAGCAACGGAAAAUUCUCUAAUCAAACAAUGGCUACUAAGUUUGAAGUGCAAACAGCACCACUGAGUGACGGAGUUCUCCCUGGGAUUAUGCGUCAGAUAGUGAUCGAGGUGUGCCAUGAUAUUGGAAUCCCAGUACGAGAGGUCUCUCCAUCGUGGUCCAUGAAUGAAUUCUGGAAGGAAGCCUUUGUUACAAGUAGCUUAAGGUUUAUCCAGCAUGUAGAGUCAGUUCAAGUGCCUUUAUUUUGGGAGGACAUACAAUCUAAAACCUGGAGUGAUGUACCUUGGGCGGUGAAGAAGUUUCAGGGUGUUGGAUGCAUUACCACACAGAUUCAGAGGGAAUUACUGAAGAGAGCAAGAAGUGAUAAGUACGGCGUUAACGGUCUCCUUUGAGUUAUGAUCAUUGUUGUUGAUUCAUUUGAAGGGACUUCUUUUCCAGGCACUUAAUUAUUUCAUUUCUGCUGGGACGACACUGUUAAGACUGGGUUUCUUGUGUGUAUAAUUCAGACAUUUUUUGUCUGCUCAGUGCUGUGUCGGCCUUCUACAAGCUGCAGGUAGAUAGCCACUGGGCAGUAGCGAAGCAAUUCCAUGCUUGUUUAUUACUGUAAUUAUGAGGAUGGAUCAGAUUUAGCUAACUGUCGGAGUCCUUUUUUUUACUUGUACCUGCAAUUAAUUGAUCUGAUCUGUUUGCCGGGUAGGUGUUCGUG